GUCGCCAGCGACGCCACGCCCGAGAUCUGGCCUAGGGGCACGUCGAGGGCCGGACUCUGGGAGCGGUGCAUGCCGGCCUGGCGACGCAUUGGACGGAGUGGGCGAGGCGGCAAACCCAUUGGAUCACGCAAGACGACGAAGGCGGGCCGAACCAGUUGGGAGGUGUCGAGAGUCAAUAAAAUAUCAUGCGAGGGGCUCCGGAGGACAGUACAGUGCCAGUGAGUGCGCCCGACGCCUACAGCGGCAUCUUGAGGCCGACCCUCCGAGGCCCCAGCUCACAGCACCCGGCUGUGAUAUUCGUCACGGCGUACGACGGUCACCGACGACGGCGCACACGAUCUGGUUCCUAAUGUGAAAGGUCUCCACGUUAAUCAAACACGUGAUUGAAAACUGCACUGGGACACGGCAAGCAGUUUCAAACACGCCAACACGCCGAAUGCGGGAUCGCCAGGCCGGGCCGCUGAAGCUGCAGAACCUGCGACUGCGGGAUCGCCAGGCCGAGCCGCUGAAGCUGCAGAACCUGCGACUGCGGGAUCGCCAGGCCGGGCCGCUGAAGCUGCAGAACCUGCGACUGCGGGAUCGCCAGGCCGGGCCGCUGAAGCUGCAGAACCUGCGACUGCGGGAUCGCCAGGCCGGGCCGCUGAAGCUACAGAACCUGCGACUGCGGGUUCGCCAGACCGGGCCGCUGAAGCUGCAGAACCUGCGACUGCGAGAUCGCCAGGCCGGGCCGCUGAAGCUGCAGAACCUGCGAUUGGUUGGUCUGCUACUUCACUCGUAAUAAGUAAAUCUACGGAAACAGUAAUGACUUACUGCACACGCCUGUCCGGCCAAGUCUUGCGCAAUCCCAGACAUGCCGCGGUAGCACGUUGUUUGAGGUUUUUAUCUAUUAAGGCUAACUAAAUCUCUUAGAUAUAAUCGAAAACAUCUGAACACAUUUCUGAAGCAGCCGCAAAAAAUACUCAUACGAUAUAAUGUGAAGUGAUUUGUUCGGAAAAUUGAGAUAAGUGGGUUCGAAAACUGUUGCCCAUGUUGCCCAGUUUGAAAUCUCGGGACCUUUUACACGCGGGCACGUUUAGACGGGAUUUGAGCUGUUAAGUGACUGUUCCGCACAUGUUGAACCUGUAUUUUACAGCGCACACCUAGGUGUAGGAACAGGUUGACUACGGCGUCUAGGCCCACACAUUUUUUUAAAUUGAUUUUUGUAAGUUAACAACAAUCCGCCCCUACAGAUGACUUGGAGCACUUUUGGCCCUAUUCUUCGUAACAUCUCCAAACCUUUGAGCGCAAGCAGGAUUCUAUAGCAAGCGCAAGCGCAGUUCAGUGUUCUCUUGAAAGCAUCAGUGAUAAACUGUGUGUUUAAACACGCCCAGUGUUCAGUGAUCGUUCAGUCCAGUCGAAAAGCCCACAUCAAACAAUGAUGAUCACAGAUGCUGUAUUCAUUUCCAAGUUCAGUGGUCCCAUACUUAAGAGGACAGAGUGUCCGCGUCCAAAGCAAGGGCAAGGUCGAGCAAGGGCACGCUCAGCUGCUGCCUUCGCUGAAUGCCCGCGGGAGGCCUCCGAGCCGGAGACUCUUCUCAGCGCCACCCAGUAGGGCGGCGCUGAGAUACACCGGAUACAUCUCACCGGAUACACCGGAUACACAUCACCGGAUACACCUUUUUUCUUUGAAUACGGUGGGCCGAUGAUAGCUGGAUGCGUAGUGCCGAGCGAAAUACGACAGUGAAUGUUCUUAUAACACAAACAUAUUCAGCUACCAAAAGCAUUUGUCGAUACACAAAUGAUUGAAUUCAUCUACAGACAUACAACAGCGUGCUGUGCGCCAUGCGGGUGGCUCACUCUCGAACCAAGCUUGUCGCGAACAGACGUGUCGAUGGAAUAUCUAAGCAUCCAGCUUCAGGACAUUGUGAAGUACCUGGUUCGCCACUUCGUACCAACGUGGCUCCACGUAGCGGAAAGUGGCUCAUACUUCAGUGGACAAAAGGACAUGCUGCAUUCUCCGAAGCUCCUGCGGUCACUUCCAGACCACAUGCAGAAUAUAGCACAGUCCAACACGGAGAGAAAAGUGUGCUGGUUUCAUCCCGAAGUUGUGGUUUUAGCGAUGAAGAUUGACAAGGAUGCAGAGAUCAGAGCCCAGGCCGAUGCGGAGAUAAGAGCCCAGGCCGAUGCAAAGAUCAGGACCCAGGCCGGUGCAGAACUGAUCAGAGCCCAGGCCGAUGCAGAGAUCAGAACCCAGACCGAUGCAGAGAUCAGAGCUCAGGCCGAUGCAGGGACCAGACCCCAGGCCAUAAAGCGUAUAAAAAAAUGCUGCUUUGAGCGCCAUGGAAAUGGUUGCGUGUUCACUCUGGCAGGUAGCGACGCUUGCGAACAAUUGUUCAGCUGGGAUGUAAAGCUGGUGACAGAGCAGCAACUGACAAACUGUUGGAAUGGAUGGGAGCUAAGAGACAUCGAAAGAAUCCGGCCUGAGAUGAAAAUAUAACCUGCCCACACUCAGACCGUCGAGAGGGCGGCCCGAGUGGUGCCAGAAACCUCCAGUGGUCACCAAGGGACCCUUCGGCCCCCUCAGGGCCUACGAUUAAUGGCCCGAUCUGAGGGCCCGAACAGCCCAGAAGGCCGGCCGGAGGUUGUAUUUAGAGGUACGACCCGCAGGGCUGGCACUCCUAAGCCAGCCAAGAGCAUUGGAGAAAAGUAGAGAAACUAUCAUUUAUACCGCUGGAUGAGAGCAAUGAUGAUAUCAUAAUAUUGCAUAUGGCUGGUGGAGGCUGGGCUUGUAAUAUUUCAAACAAUAUUUUAAGAACUUGAAAAGCAUGGUAUCCCGUACCAAAUCAUCGCCGGGCACCACGUUCUACACCUGAUGAAGCACCCUAGUUUCCAGGGCCUGACCAGUGACCCUCACGCCUGAGACUUCCUUACCCGCCCGUUACGGUCUGUACCCGUACCCACGCUUCCUUACCCGCCCAAUACCCAUGGUACUGUACCCGUACCCACCCUUUCUUACCCGUCCGUUACCCAUGGUACUGUACCCGUACCCACCCUUUCUUACCCGUCCGUUACCCAUGGUACUGUACCCGUACCCACCCUUUCUUACCCGUCCGUUACCCAUGGUACUGUACCCGUACCCACCCUUUCUUACCCGUCCGCUGCCCAUGGUGCUGUACCCGUACCCACCCUUUCUUACCCGUCCGUUGCCCAUGGUGCUGUACCCGUACCCACGCUUCCUUACCCGCCCAUUACCCAUGGUACUGUACCCGUACCCACACUUUCUUACCCGUCCGUUGCCCAUGGUACUGUACCCGUACCCACCCUUUCUUACCCGUCCGUUGCCCAUGGUGCUGUACCCGUACCCACCCUUUCUUACCCGUCCGUUGCCCAUGGUGCUGUACCCGUACGCACGCUUCCUUACCCGCCCAUUACCCAUGGUACUGUACCCGUACCCACACUUUCUUACCCGCCCGUUACCCAUGGUACUGUACCCGUACCCACCCUUUCUUACCCGUCCGUUGCCCACGGUGCUGUACCCGUACCCACGCUU